AACUACAGCGGCUGCGGGUAUUUAACCUAUUUACCGUCGAAUGUUUUAAUGCGUUUAAAUUGUUUUUAGUUAGAUUGACUGUGAAUCAGUUCACGAAGUGGGGGUUGAAAUGAUACGUGAGAAGGGUGGAGAAAUAAAAACGAACCAAACUCUCUCCGCUCUCUGAAUGGAUGACGUGUUCCAUCAGGUCCUCCUCGCUGCUUUUCCUGCUCGGUGUAAACAGUGAGCGGUUCGGCUUCUCCGCCUUAAAACAUGUCGAAAGUAACGUUCAAAAUCACGCUGACGUCGGAUCCCCGGUUACCGUACAAAGUAUUAAGUGUGCCCGAAAGCACGCCUUUCACAGCGGUGCUGAAGUUCGCAGCGGAAGAGUUUAGAGUGCCUGCCGCUACCAGCGCCAUUAUCACGAAUGAUGGCAUCGGAAUCAAUCCAGCACAGACAGCAGGAAACGUAUUUCUAAAACACGGAUCAGAGCUUCGCAUCAUUCCACGAGACAGAGUCGGAGCAGGCCGCUGUCCAACGAGUAUCUGACUCUUCUGAGAUUGCUCUUCACCUCAGAUGACUGACCUGCCUGUGUAUUUAUUGUCUGGCCCUGAGCUGUCAAAACCUGCGCCUCAUAACAGCCUCAGCAGCAGCAGCAGGUACAAAUCUCCCUGCCUCGUGGACAUCUACAGUCAGCCCCCCCCUCAGCCUUUUGAUUUAUGCUUUCUGGACACUUUGCUUGCAAUAUAUUUCACUUUGCCCACUAUUACAAAUGACCACAAGUCCUUCUAGCCACCUAGCAAUUUUAGCUGUGUCACAUCUUCCACAGUUUUGUAAUGUUGUAUAUUUUUUUAUACUACAUUCUCGAUGUAAAAUGUUCAUUUGCAGUAUUUUAGAAGUAAUCAUGUCUGCAUUGGGUCAGUAUAUCUGGACUUUUAGCCAUUUGGUCAGAUUUUAUUUUAUAGUUGUUUUGCAGCUCUUUGCAAACGAUCCACUUGUCCUCACCUCCAAAACUACCUGGACUGAUAUCAGAAACCUCUUCAAAACUGCAGUUUAUCAGGCAAAGACAAAACCCUCUGUAUUUUACAGUGCUUUAGCUUCAUCAUCCAACUGCAAGGUGUUUACAGGGGGUUUUGUUUAAGCUUUACAACCGAAUAACGGCUAGAAGGCAUAAGAAAGAUUGCCAGUUUUCCACUGCUUAAAAAAAAACAACUGUCAAAAACGGAGAUCUUAUGCCAGUGACACAUUAUAAGCUGCAUGGCUUGUAUUUUGCCCACGGCGGUUCUUAGGAUGCCGUUCGCUGGCUGUUGGAGAUACAGUAAAUAAUGCAAACGUCUGUGUGAUGAACUGAAGAAGCCUGCUCGUACUGUAACGGUGUUUCCCCAUAAGAUCACCUUGGCUAGUUUGAACUGUUUGACAAAUACAGUAGGGAACGUAAAACUAAAAACUGGUCAUCGUGUGAAAAAUGGUUCUUCUAAUACACAUCUUUCUUUCCCUUAGUAUUCAAUUCUAAUGCUAUACACAGCUAACAGUCUCUCUUUGUAAAGUGGCUUUUGUCUGCAAGUCAAAGUCCCCCUACACUGGCUCUGUUUCACUGUAUGACAAAUAUAUUGUGGCAAAUAAAACUAUAAAUAAAACCUACUUGUU